CCACAAGCAAAUCGAAGUCCCCAAGUUGAGCAGAAGAUGCGAGGAAAUGAUAUUGGAGCAGUUGGUACCAGAAACGCUAUUACAACCAAAUUCAUUAAAAAAGUCACAGUUUCACAUGUACGUACGUAUCAUUUCUAUGCCAGAAGAGGAAUAAAGACCAGGUGGAGAUGGUCGUCCCUAUCCUCAUUAGGUGCUUUAGCCGGAUUUGGAAGGGGAGUGGUUGGCUUCAUCGAUUAUAAAUAUCAGAGUUGAGCAACCAAUUAGUCCAUUGACAAGAACUGCUCCUGAAGUUCCCUAUUAUCAAUGGCUCUGUUGAAAGUUACUUUUGGUUUCACCAUACUGAGUGUCCUGUCAUUCACUGGCUCCCUAGCUCACCCUGGUUUCUCUGGCUGGGGUGGUACUGACCCUAUAGGUGGUGGUGGUGUCUCAUUUGGCUUAUUUCCUGAAUUUUAUCAGUUUUCUUGCCCUCAAGCCAAUGACAUAGUCAUGUCUGUCCUGAAGAAGGCUAUCGCUGAGGAGCCUAGGAUGGCUGCGUCUAUUCUAAGGCUUCAUUUUCAUGAUUGCUUUGUGCAGGGCUGUGAUGCGUCAAUAUUGCUGGACGAUAGUGCAACAGUAGUGAGUGAAAAGAAUUCUGGACCAAACAGGAACUCCAUUAGAGGAUUUGAAGUAAUUGACGAGAUAAAAGCCAAGUUAGAAGAAGCAUGCCCUCAAAUCGUCUCUUGUGCUGAUAUUCUUGCCUUAGCCGCUCGUGGCUCCAUUCUACUUACUGGUGGACCUUACUGGGAGCUCCCACUUGGAAGAAGGGACUCAAGGGCUGCAAGUCUAAGCGGCUCAAACACCAACAUUCCACCACCCAACUCCACAAUCCAAAACCUGAUAACAUUUUUCAAGCGUCAGGGUCUGAAUGAGGUUGAUCUUGUUGCACUAUCAGGAGGUCAUACAAUUGGGGUGGCAAGGUGUGUGACCUUCAAGCAGAGGCUGUACAACCAAAAUGGGCAAAAUCAACGUGAUGAGACUCUAGAGAAAACCUACUACUUAGGAUUGAAGUCAGUUUGCCCAAUAUCAGGUGGUGACAAUAACAUCUCCCCUUUGGAUUUUUCCUCUCCUGUAAGAUUUGACAACAGCUACUUCAAGCUCAUUCUGUGUGGCAAAGGGCUUCUCACUUCAGACGCAGUGCUUUUCACAGGGAACAUUGGCUACAUUAUGGACUUGGUUAGAAGCUUUGCUGAGGAUGAGGACUUCUUCUUUCACCAAUUUGCUAAAUCAAUGGUCAAGAUGGGCAAUAUCAAUCCCCUUACUGGUUUCAAUGGUGAAAUUAGGAAGAAUUGUCGUGGGGUUAAUUAAGGUCUUGUUUGUUUGGAAAAAAAAAAUCAGUACAACUAUUAGGCAAUAUGAUGAAAGAAAUUUAAGCAUAUUUUAUGUAUAUUAGUAGCAUAUUUAAAAU